AUGCAAGACAGAAUGGGCUCACGACCUGGAAUUGUUUUGUACGAAAACGAGUCGUAUCUGAUCCGUCCUGCUGUCGACACCGACGAAUUUCGAAAAGUAUGGUGGGGUUUCAUGCAGACUCUUGGCUGGAAUCGUGGAUACUAUGAUUUGGACACAUACAUGAAUCCGAGCCGCGGAUAUGGAAUGAUUCUACUUAUCGAAAAAUCAUCCAAUACACCGGUCGGUCAUGUGGCUGGCAUUGUGAACAAGAAUUCUACCGGAUGGGUGUCCAUGUUUAUCAUUGAUGAACGCCAUCGAGGAAACGGACUUGGUCGAGAAUUGUUCAAGGCUGCGGAGUAUGAUUUGGCUCGCAAUGGGGUGGAAUGUAUUGGCCUUGAUGGGGUUGUUGAGCAGAAGCAGACUUAUGAGCGCCGCAACUUCGUAUCGUCGCCCUUGGGGACUAUUCGCAUAAUGAUCAGACCUUUGGUGGAGAAGGACCCGGUGCCUAGGCCACAGCUUCCAGAGGGCUCGCAGAUGAUCGACAUUCGCGAUGUACCACCAGAGCUUCUGGCUGAGCAUGAGCUGAGUAUCACUGGCUUCGAGAGGCCCGCUCUGUGGGCAGGCGAACACUUGUUCCAUCGCCCGGACGUUCAAGGCGUUGCGCUGGUAUUGACGUCCAAUCCAACAUCGGCCAAGGACCUCGGCGGCUGGGCCGUGAAUAGGAGGUGUUCUGGAGGAGUGCGCAUAGGGCCUGUAUAUGCGACGGACCCAGCAUCUGCAAGAGCAAUAUUGGUUGCUACCAUGGAGUUGGCCAGGGUUGAAGCUAUUCGAAGCGUGCCGCUACCGAAUGAGAAAAUGAACGACUUUACCGCAGAGCAAAUUAUAGAGCAAGCGACACUCGUGUCUGAAGUAUGGGGUGGUAAUGCUGAUGCCGUCGAUUUGUUCGGACAACUUGGAUGGAAGCCGGCAGGUGUCGACUACUAUCGCAUGUGGGUUGACGGAGAAGCCACACUGGAGCAGAGCAAAGAUGGCGCGGCCCAGAAGAGCGUCUAUGCGAUAUUCGAUGCGGCAACAGGCUGA